AUGACUCGCAACAACCAACAAGUUAUCUUUUCUCAAGUCUGCAAGAACUCUAUUCCUGUUCCUGGUGAACAUCUUCAAGUCCUUGCAUCCGACAUUGAUCUUGAUGCUCCCCUUGCUGAUGGUGCUUAUAUCGUCAAACACCUUUAUUUCUCCAUUGAUCCUUACUUCCGCCAUGGUCUCGCCAACUUUCCCCCUAACAUUUGGGGCUUCCAACUCGGCGAAGUGGUUCGUGGUGUCGCAUUGGGUGUCGUCUUGCGUUCAUCCAAUCCCAAGUAUCCUCAAGGUGCCAUUGUGCUUUCCGGAUUUGCUAAAGCUCUCUUUACCGAAUACUCCAUCAUCCAAGAAUCUGAACAAGACCAUUAUCAAGUACUCCUGGAAGAUGCCAAGGCCUCCAAGGUCCCACUUUCCAAUUAUCUCGGUGUCUUAGGUGUUGCAGGCAUGACUGGCUAUUACGGAUUGUUCGAACAUGGUAAACCUAAAGCUGGCGAGACCAUUUUUAUUUCCGGUGCAGCAGGUGGUGUCGGCCAAUUGGUGGGUCAAUUGGCAAAGUUGCAAGGAUUGCAUGUGGUAGGCUCUGCUGGCACGGAUGAGAAGGUUGCCUAUCUCAAGGAAAUUGGUUACGAUGGUGCAUUCAACUACAAAAAGUCCGACAUGGGUGCCAAGCUCGCUGAACUUUGUCCUAAUGGCAUUGAUCUUGUAUACGAAAACGUGGGUGGCGAUAGUCUCAACACAGCUAUUGCUCACUGCAACAAUUGGGCAAGGAUUGUCAUGUGUGGAACCAGUGGUCAUAAAGCCAACGGAGGUGCGGUGCCAAACCUUUCCAUGAUGAUGCCUAAGCGCUUAAGGAUUCAAGCCAUCAACGCUCACGAUAUCUCUCCCGAAAUGAAGAAGGAAUUCACACAUCAAGUCACAGAAUGGAUAGUCCAAGGCAAGAUCCAGUACCGAGAAUACAUUACAGAAGGCAUUGAAAAUACUCCCAAGGCCGUGGCCGAUAUGCUUGGUGGCGAAAACUUGGGUAAAGCAAUCGUCAAGGUGGCCGAUCUUUGA